AUGGCGGCGCCCCCAGCCUCUGCUGACGCGCCCCGCUUACCUCCGCCGCCCGCUGCGGCCGGAGACGGGCCCCACCGGCCGGCGGAGAGGAGCGAGACCGCGUGCGAGGACCGCAGCAAUGCGGAAUCCUUGGACAGGCUCCUCCCACCUGUGGGCACCGGGCGCUCACCCCGGAAGCGCACCACCAGCCAGUGCAAGUCUGAGCCGCCCCUGCUGCGCACCAGCAAGCGCACUAUCUACACAGCCGGGCGGCCGCCCUGGUAUAAUGAGCACGGCACACAGUCCAAGGAGGCCUUUGCCAUCGGUCUGGGAGGUGGCAGCGCCUCUGGGAAGACAACUGUGGCCAGGAUGAUCAUCGAGGCCCUGGACGUGCCCUGGGUGGUCUUGCUGUCCAUGGACUCCUUCUACAAGGUGCUGACCACGCAGCAACAGGAGCAGGCUGCCCACAACAACUUCAACUUCGACCAUCCAGACGCCUUCGACUUUGACCUCAUUGUGUCCACCCUCAAGAAGCUGAAACAGGGCAAGAGUGUCAAGGUGCCCGUCUACGACUUCACCACCCACAGCCGGAAGAAGGACUGGAAAACACUCUACGGUGCAAACGUCAUCAUCUUCGAGGGCAUCAUGGCCUUUGCUGACAAGACUUUGCUGGAGCUCCUGGACAUGAAGAUCUUUGUGGACACGGACUCUGACAUCCGCCUUGUGCGGCGGCUGCGCCGGGACAUUAGUGAGCGAGGCCGAGACAUCGAGGGUGUCAUCAAGCAGUACAACAAGUUUGUCAAACCCGCCUUCGACCAGUACAUCCAGCCCACUAUGCGCGUGGCAGACAUCGUGGUGCCCUGGGGGAGUGGGAACACGGUGGCCAUCGACUUGAUCGUGCAGCACAUGCACAGCCAGCUGGAGGAGCGUGAGCUCAGUGUCAGGGCCGCGCUGGCCUCGGCGCAUCAGUGCCACCCCCUGCCCCGAACGUUGAGUGUUCUCAAGAGCACGCCGCAGGUGCGGGGCAUGCACACCAUCAUCAGGGACAAGGAGACCAGCCGUGAUGAAUUCAUCUUCUACUCCAAGAGGCUGAUGCGGCUGCUCAUUGAGCACGCGCUCUCCUUCCUGCCCUUUCAGGACUGCGUCGUGCAGACCCCGCAGGGGCAGGACUACACGGGCAAGUGCUAUGCGGGGAAGCAGAUCACUGGCGUGUCCAUCCUGCGUGCGGGUGAGACUAUGGAGCCGGCGCUGCGGGCUGUGUGCAAAGACGUGCGCAUCGGCACCAUCCUCAUCCAGACCAACCAGCUCACCGGGGAGCCCGAGCUCCACUACCUGCGGCUGCCCAAGGACAUCAGUGACGACCACGUGAUCCUGAUGGACUGCACGGUGUCCACGGGCGCGGCGGCCAUGAUGGCUGUGCGUGUGCUCCUGGACCAUGAUGUUCCGGAGGACAAGAUCUUCCUGCUGUCGCUGCUCAUGGCCGAGAUGGGCGUUCACUCGGUGGCCUACGCCUUCCCACGAGUGAGGAUCAUCACCACGGCGGUGGACAAGCGCGUCAAUGACCUGUUCCGCAUCAUCCCCGGCAUUGGUAACUUCGGUGACCGCUACUUUGGGACGGACGCGGCGCCUGACGGCAGUGAUGAGGAGGAAGUGGCCUCCGCGAGCUAGCUGCCCGCCCCGAGCCUGCCUGCUCUUGCCGCCACCCCGCCUCUUCCUGCCUCAUGGCCUUGCUUACAGACAAGUCCUAACUUAUUUUAAUUAAAAAGGAUAUGACCGCUGUAACUUACUCUAUAC